AUUGCACGGGAGAGAGGCUUGGAACGCUCACAUGGUCGUUCUGGUUGACAAUAAACAGUGGGAUGCGUUAUAGGUGGCCCAGUAUAUGUAUAGGGUGAGAAUCUUUGAACAGGAAGAUUUAUCAUGAUGAUGUCUAGUCGCAGGAUUGAGUGUAUUUUUUUCAGCGAGUUCCACCCAACCCUUGGGCCCAAGAUAAGUUACCAGGUGCCGGAGGAGUACAUUUCUCGGGAGCUCUUUGAUACCGUGCAGGUGUAUAUCAUAACCAAGCCUGAGCUACAGAACAAGCUGAUCACUGUCACUGCUAUGGACAAGAAGCUGAUCGGCUGCCCUGUCUGCAUUGAAAACAAGAAGUACAGUCGCAACGCUCUGCUUUUUAACCUGGGGUUUGUGUGCGACGCUCGGGCCAAGACGUGUGCUUUGGAGCCCAUCGUGAAGAAGCUGGCGGGAUAUCUCACCACAUUAGAGUUGGAAUCGGGCUUUAUCUCGAAUGAGGAUAGCAAGCAGAGACUGGUGCCUAUAAUGAGCACCUUGCUGGAAGAACUGAACUCUACAGGAGAAUGUUCUCUUCGCAUAGACGAAAGUAACACCAUGCACUUGAAGGUGAUCGAUCUGCGUCCAGAACCGCCUGCCGCGCAGGAAUAUGACGUUCCGGUCUUCACAGAAGAUAAGGAUGAUUUCUGUAAUGAACAGUGGGACUUGACAACGCAGCAGAUACUCCCCUACAUCGAUGGGUUUCGGCACAUCCAGAAGAUCUCUGCGGAGGCAGACGUGGAGCUGAAUCUCGUGCGGAUCGCAAUCCAGAACUUGAUGUACUAUGGUGUAGUAACUUUGGUUUCGAUAUUUCAGUAUUCCAACGUGUACUGCACCACCCCCCGCGUCCAGGAACUGAUACAUGACAAAGCUUUACAGGAGGAAUGCAUGUCUUAUAUCUGCAAACCAGGGCACAAGCGGCCUAGUCUCCGUGAUGUAUUCCAGUUGUAUUGUGGCCUAAGCCCGGGAACUACAGUGAGAGACCUUAUUGCCAGAUACGGCCAGCAGCUUCAGAGGGUGGAUGAAAGGAAGCUGAUCCAGUUUGGACUGAUGAAGAAGCUCAUCAGACGGCUACAGAAAUACCCAGUGAAGGUGUCGCGUGACGAGCGCAGCCCACCGGCCCGUCUCUACACUGGAAGCCAUAGCUAUGAUGAGAUCUGCUGCAAAACAGGGAUGAGUUAUCGGGAACUCGAUGAGAGGCUGGACAGCGAUCCUAAUAUCAUUGUAUGUUUGAAGUGAUGAUCUGAGGACAUUGAUCUGCUCAGGGAAGCGUGACAUGUUCAGUUACGCCUUUUUUGAUGGAAAAGAAAUAAAUAUGGUUUAUGAAAAUUCUUUAUGUACAUAAAAUACAAUUAAAAUUGUAACAACCA